UAUUUCCGGUACCGGUGAUAUUGUUGUUGUUUUUUAGAUUUAAAUCUCCAGGUUUUUCUGGUUGGAAGUAAAUUUUGUGGUUAAUAGCAAGCUUUUAGGGUGUUGCAUAACCACUCUAACAGAUUACCGGAGAAAUAUAUACACAUAUAUAUUUUACUAUGUCAGCCCCUAAAUCUAUUCAGACAGACCACGAGGAUUUGAUCCACGAUGUUGCGUAUGAUUUCUAUGGGGAAAGAUUAGCAACUUGUUCCAGUGAUCAAAGUGUCAAGAUUUGGGACAAAACAGAAGAUGGCUUGUGGCAUCAGUCUGCUUGUUGGAAGGCACACACUGGUUCAGUAUGGCGCGUAGCUUGGGCACAUCCUGAUUUUGGUCAGGUUAUAGCAACGUGUUCAUUUGAUCGGGCUGCUGGUAUUUGGGAAGAACUACCUAGUGAGUCUCGUGAUGAGACCUCAAAAACAAAAUGGGUGAAAAGACCCAAUUUGGUGGACAGUCGGUCCUCAGUAACAGAUGUUAAAUUUGCACCAAAACAUUUAGGUCUUCAACUGGCCACAUGUACUUCUGAUGGAAUGGUACGAAUAUAUCAAGCGCCAGAUGUGAUGAACCUCAGUCAUUGGUCUUUGGAUUAUGAAAUUAAUUGUAAACUCAGCUGUAGUUGUCUAUCGUGGAAUCCUUCCAGACUCUGUCCACCAAUGAUUGCUGUUGGCAGUGAUGACGCCAGUCCUACUGCUGGAGGAAAAGUAUCAGUCUAUCAAUAUAAUGAUCAACAAAGGUCUUGGAACAAACUCCAGACACUCAGUGUACCAACUGAUUCAGUUCAUGACUUGGCAUUUUCUCCCAAUUUUGGACGAUCAUAUCAUUUACUAGCAGUGGCAUCAAAAGACUUGCACAUAUUUCAAAUGUCACCAAUCAAACAUGAAAGUCAUUCAGACUACAACACAACUUAUGAGAUUUGUUUAAUUGGCCAAUUUGAUGAUCAUGAGCAUCAGGUAAAUAAUCAAUUUUUGGCAUCUUCUGGUGAUGAUGGCAAAGUUAGACUUUGGAAAGCUAAUUAUCUUCGUAACUGGAAAUGCAUAUCAGUAUUAGUUGGUGACAUACCUCAAACAAUCUGCGAAUUUGGUCAGUCGAAGUCUGAUUUGUCUCCGAUUGCAACAUCAAGUUUAUCAGCGGGACCUGGAUCUAACAAAAGGUACUACAGGGUGGUCCCUGUAGGAAACUCUGGGGGUGCCACAACCUAAUUUUUUGCAUAUCCCCCCACCUUUUUAAACUGUUAUUCUUUCAACCCACAUUACCAAACCGAUUUUUUUAUCCUUUCCUGCUAACUUUUAUCAUAUUCUUUCCAUCAUCCUGCCUCCAAAAAAAAAGCAAAAAAAACAUCCAUGCAUUAUUUUGAUCAGUUAUUACUACUACUACUAAUAAUAAUAAUGUGUGUUAAAUAUUGGAGGGUAUGCUUAGCAGGAAAAGCUAAUGCAUGCAUUAUCUCUUUGGAAGAGUUUGCUGCUGAAGAAAAAAUUUCCAUCUGUUAAAUGUUUGAAUAAAAGUGUUUUGGUAUCAAAUUAAA